GAACAAUAUAUCCUAGGCACAGGCCGCAGCAGAUAGAGCGUAUAUAACCAGCUCGCUGCUCCAUCCGGCCAAGGUGUUUCUGUCGAGGUGCUCUUGAGUAGCAGCAUCGCCAUCCUCCUCCUCACCAUCCCAAGCCUGCCUCCCGCCGCCAUGGUUGCCCUGUUCAAGACGACGGCCCUCAUGGGCCUGUGCCUGCUCUCGCAGGUGCUCGGUGCCAAGCUGCUCGUCACCCACUUCUCGGGCCCGCUGUACACGCUCGACUUCAACCCAAGCACCAGCUCGCUCAAGAUCAGCUCGCAGACCAACGGCUGCGGGCAGAUCCCCACGUGGCUGUACCUCGACAAGGCGGCGCGCACCGUCUACUGCUUCGACGAGAGCUGGUACGGCUCUGGUGUGCUCUCGCAGUACGCCCUCAAGUCGGACAGCUCCCUGUCCCUGGUCGCGUCUGCGCCGACCCCCGGCAACAGCGUCCACGGCUCUCUGUACGGCGGCGCUGACGGCAAGAGCUUUGUCGUGACGUCCGAGUACUCUCCCUCGACCAUUACGACCUACAAGCUGCCCAUCACCGCGCAGUCCAAGCCCAUCCAGACCCUGUCCUUCACCAUGGCCGCCCCCGGCCCCCGCCCGGACCGCCAGGACAAGCCGCACCCGCACGCCGCCUUCACCGACCCGAGCGGCGCGUACCUCGUCGUCCCGGACCUCGGCGCCGACCUGACCCGCAUCUUCAAGAUCGACCGCAGCUCGGGCAAGCUUACCGCCUGCCCGGCCAUCUCGUCGCUGCCCGCCGACGGCCCGCGCCACGGCCUCUUCCGCAAGACGGCCUCGGGCGCCCUCAAGUACUACUCGCUCAACGAGAUCAGCAGCUCCGUCGGCGUCUAUGACGUCACCUACCCGAGCUCCUCGUCGGGCUGCCUGUCGCUCAAGCUGGUCCAGACCCUGUCCAACUACGGGCCCGGCAAGACCGGCCUCGAGACGGAGAAAUCGGCCGAGAUCCGCAUCUCGGGCGACUACCUGUACGCGACGAACCGCAACGACCAGACGUUCGGCAAGGAGCAGGACUCGAUCGCCAUCUUCAAGAUCGGCAGCACCGACGGCAAGCUCACCUUCCAGGAGCUCACCAACGCCUACGGCUACUACCCGCGCUCCUUCUCCAUCAACAGCGCCGGCACGUACGCCGCCAUCGGCGGCCAGACCACCGCCAACGUCGCCAUUGUCAAGCGCGACGCCAAGACGGGCAAGCUCGGGCCCCUGGUGGCCAACAUCAACAUUGCCCCGCGCGGCACCUACGGCGGCGAGGAUGGCCUGAGCAGCGUCAUCUGGGACGAAUGCUAGAAGAUGACAUGGUCCUUGAUGCGAUGAGAUGGCAUGGGGGUUGGGUACGUACCUGGCGCUUACUGGUGCUGUGGGAUUAUUGGAGGGUGUCAAAACGUGGGGGGUAUAGCUGUCGAGCUCGGUCGAUUGAGAUUAAGUGUACAUCCAAGACUUUUUCAUGACGUGCGACAAGCAUACCUCGCUUCCUCCUAUAAACGAGCAUCACAAUAUAAAACAGGGAGAAUACUCGCAUGACAUGAUUGAUAGUCGAGUACCA